CGCAGAGUCACUUGCCCUUGCUUCUUUGCAGUUUGCACACACCCCCAGCAGGUGCUUUCACUUCAAGUGUAGUUUGCAGUUGUGCUCCAGGCUGUGACUUUCAGGUUAAGUGUAAUUCCACCAAAGAGCCUGGGAGGGUCUGAGGCCUCUGGGUUUGGGGGCUCUGUGACACUCAUCACGGGGGGAAACAUAGUGAAGGGUGCCCGUUGCCCGCACGUCCCGUCUGAGCUGAGCGUUGGUCUGCGUCAGGGACAAAAGGCCGUCCUUCAUCCUUCAACAGAACCAGAGCUGCGCUGCAUCUUUUAUCAUCCAGUGAAGUCUUUGCCUCUGGCCAUCAGAGCAUCAUUGUCUUGGUACCAGUUAUGUCAAACCCAGUGGGCAGUUUAUCAGAAGGCACAGUGUACGGAUCCCGAAUCGGGAUGACAGAGGACUCCCUCGCCGUCCUGGAGCGAAACAGAGGCUCCGGAGAACCCUGGGACCUGGUUGAAACCAAACCAAACGUGGAGGCCCUGGAGCGUGGUGUGCCAGGCCUCUACCUGUCCUGUUUCGACAUGCUCCUCACUGAAGAAGCCACCUGGCUGGUGAAAGUCUCAGAGGCCUCCCCAACACUGGCUGUACCCAUGACUCGCAUGGGGCCCCAGGAGGAACCGGAGCAAUGCCCCGUCAUCGACAGCCAGGAACAGGGACUCUCUCCUGGGCUGGAGGGGCAGGAGGAGGAGCGGUCUCUGGAGCAGGUGCAGAGCAUGGUGGUGGGAGAAGUGCUGAAGGACAUUGAAACGGCCUGCAAACUGCUCAACAUCACUCCAGACCCCAUAGAAUGGAACACAGGGAACGUCCAGAAGUGGCUGCUGUGGACUGAACAUCUGUACAGGUUGCCCCACGCAGGAAAGGCCUUCCAGGACCUGACAGGAAAGGACCUGUGUGCUAUGAGCGAGGAGGAGUUUCGACAGCGCUCACCGCAAAGUGGAGACACACUGCACGCGCACUUGGACAUUUGGAAGUCAGCUGCUUGGAUGAAAGAGAGAUGUUCAGUUGGAGAUACAAAAACGACCGGAGGUGAGGAUCUUUGGUCCGAGGCAGACUCAUCUUGUUCUGGUCAGCCCAUUCAUCUGUGGCAAUUUCUCAGAGAACUCCUGCUUAAACCUCACAACUACGGACGCUGCAUCCGCUGGCUCAAUAAAGAGAAAGGUAUUUUCAAAAUCGAAGACUCGGCUCACGUUGCGAGACUGUGGGGACUCAGAAAGAACCGACCUGCCAUGAACUAUGACAAGCUGAGCCGCUCCAUACGUCAGUACUACAAGAAGGGCAUCAUCCGCAAGCCUGACGUGUCUCAGAGACUGGUGUACCAGUUUGUUCACCCAGUAUGAGGCAGCGGCGUAAUGGGAGGAGAGGGAAGAGAAGAGGGAGGAAGAGAUGGGAACCUGGGACUCACUAUCUCACCAUGCACUUGAACACUAAGAAGAAAAGGUGACAGGAGACACGUGCAGUGAUCGACCCCGAUGGCACACACUUUCACUGCCAACACUGGAGCAACAGCUGCUGUGUGAAGGCUUAUCUGUGCACGACUCGAGAGGAAGAGACAAAACAAAGUGGCUGCCAGGGCUUUUUCCUGCUGCAGAAAAAAAAACAACCACAGAUUUAAAAAAAGAACAGAAACUGCCUUUGUCAUUUAUUUGCAUGAUCUGCCUGUUUAUUUUUACAUAAUGUGAUUCUAAAUUACAAUCAUUCAUUACAGCAAACAGUUAGAACUGAUUGCUCCUUCUCAAGCUUCAGGAAAACGCCCACGGCCUGCAGCUACAUUUGUUUUGUCUUUUUGUUUCGCUUGUCUUGACCACUGUCUCUGUUUGAAUUAGAGCCAGUUUUACUGCUUCAGUUGAAAAUGUGGUGAGGAUUGUUUUGCUUCGUUUUUGGGUUUGGUCCUGGCUGUUAUACACACAAUCACUCAGUCAGCUCCUGUAACCCAUCGACCAGCUUUUAUCUCAUCUGAAUCAUACAGAGAAGGAGACUUUAACAGUUUGUUGGAUCUGGAUCCAAGAGUGGAAACCUGUUAUCAGAGAAUCUUCAGCACCUGCUGUGACUGUGUCAUGUAACUGUAUUUUUUUUUCUCUGUAUGUGUUCCUCGGUAAAGCCUGAUGCAAUAUUGUGUCACUGCUGAAGAGCCCUGCUUUAUACUUUGAACUUUGAACUGUGUGUUUAAAGUAUAAUAACUUGUAAAAACAUCAUGAAAUAAAUAAUCAUGUAAAUAUAUGCAGACAUUAAU